AUGUACAGCCCAACAUGUGGCGUCUUCCUGCCCAUGGUGAUUGAGACCACGGGUGCGUGGGCGGCAGAGGCAGCCAAAGCCCUGGCUGAGGCGGCGCUGGUGGCCCCAGCUUGCUACAGGAAGCAUGCGUGUUGGUGCGCAGUUGGCGCGGCCGAGCUGCAUUGCGGCGGCGUGCUGAGUUGGUGCCCUGAGCUCUUUGUGUUGCAGAUGGCUUGUUGGACAUCGUCUUCUGAGUGCAGGGUUGACGCGCUUGGUGAGGAAAAGAUCUUGCACCUUUGGGCAACAGGUGAGAAGAAGGAUGCCAUCGAGCAGGCUCUUGGCUGGUAUCAGUCUGUGGCUAGCAAAGAUCUCCCUGGCCUAAUCAACGCCUAUUGCCUGCCUGAGCGCAGAAUCUUGGAUCGUCCUGGUGGCAUUCCCACAAGGAGCAUCUAUGCCCAAGUUCCUCACCUUGCCAUCGGCCCUGAGUCUCCGGGGCCGGUGGCUCCGCGUGCGCUGCUGCGGCGGUUGCUGCUGGCUGCGAUAGACGAGAACUUCAUCCAGGGCAAGAAGAGCUUGGUGGCUGAUUCACUUGCAGAUCUUGCUUUUCUCUUGGAUAAGGAGGAGUUCAUCCCUUUCUACACCCGGCGGAUUUUCCUUCGCCGUGGGGGUCGACCCACCUACGGCCUGGGCACCGGCAAGCGGAGCGGCUUCUCAAAGCGCUACUGGAUUUGCACCUCGGCGAAGAUCCAAAGCGAGCUCGUCAGCCUGCUGCGAGCGAGGUCAUGGCUGCGUGCGUUGGAGUUGCUACGCCGAGAUGUUCGGGGCAAAAAGGUGUCGCGCCCAGCAGCAGAGCACACUCAGGUCUCGUUGUUCUGGAAUGAGCCGGUGCUCCACCGACCACGCUGGGCUUGGGCAUUGGAACUACUUGUUGCUGAUGACCAUGAUGACCUCAGACACGUGAAUCAGGCCUUGUUGAUCCUUGCGCGUGCAGCACAGUGGGAAGAAGCUCUUUGUGUCUUCUUGCAUCGCAUUGAGAGAUUGAAGGUCAAGGUGGACAUUGUGAGCGUGAACAGUGUGGCCUUAGCCUUGGCCAACGUGGCGCGCUGGCAACGUGCCCUUGCGCUCACGCAGCCCUGGUGGCCCUUGGCGACGGCCAUCACCUUCAACACGCUUGCGCUUGCCUGCAAGGAAAGCUCUCAGUGGCGCCGCUGUGUGGCCCUGCUCGAAAUGGCCGGGCGCCGGAGCUGCGUGGACGAUCGCAGCCAGAGCACAUUGCUGGCUGCUUUGGCAAAGGUAGCCAGGUGGGAACAAGCCUUGCUCAUCUCUCCUUCGAACGAUGUGGCUGUUGCUGCUGCCAUCUCAGCAUGUGAGAAGGGCUGGCAGUGGAGGCCUGCUGUGGAAUUGCUGGACUUCCUACAAGGCGGCCUGGGCACAGCACACAAUAGUGCCCUGUCAGCCUGCGAAAAGGCGCGGCAGUGGCGUGUGGCCCUCGUGUUGCUAUCUCAACAUCCACAACCCAGCCGUGUGAGCUUCAAUGCAGUGCUCAGUGCAGUCGAGCGCUGGGAUCAAGCACUGGAGAUCUUGCGCACCAUGACUCUUCAAAGAAUUACAGCCGAUCUGGUGACCUACACAGCUAUUGUUUCCAGCUGCGCAACUGCCAGCCAUCUAUCUACGAGCCUUGAGAUGCUGGAGAAGAUGAAGCAAGACUCUGUUCAGCCGCGGAGCCUUGCUUACAAUGCUGUCCUUCAUGCGUGCGCCGACUCCCUGGCCUGGCGCUGUGCGCUGCAGAUCUUCGGCGAGGCCCGUGCAGCGGAGGCCCUGGACCCGCUGGCGCUGCAGGCCAACACAGUGAUCUUUCACUAA